AUGCUGUUGAGCAAUUUCCAAAGUUCUGACAAUAAACGUAUGAUCGAUCACCUUAGCAAUCCCAGUCUCAACCAGGUAGCGAUUAGACGCCUGCCUCUGGUGUCAUGGUUAUCCAUCCCCCCCCUGAUAUGGGCGUUGUCAUCGGUGAAUGACAUAUUGCGUCAGUUGACUAACAAACUCUUUCAACAUAAACAUAUCAAUCAUUCAUCUGUAUAUUCCUUGAGCGAUUUCGAUGCAAACAAUGACCACCGGAUUAUGAUGAACACUUAA